AUGGAGACUUAAACGAGUUCUGAAGAGCAACAGAUUAAAAUACUACUAAUUAUUGAUGUUCAAAAUGAUUUUUGUGAGGGUGGCUCAUUAGCUGUCUCAGGUGCUUAAGAGAUAAUCGAGCCAAUAAACAAACUAAAGCAGAGUGGGAAAUUUAAUAAAGUAAUUUUCACAAGAGAUUGGCAUCCAAAGGAUCAUUGUUCAUUUCAUGAGAAUCAUCCUGGCACAAAAUUAUUUGAGAAGAUAAUUCUACCAGAGACAGAAGUUGAACAAGUUAUGUGGCCCACUCAUUGUAUCUAAGAAUCUGAUGGAGCACAUUUUCACCCCAAGCUAGAUAUUGACUUGAAUAAGGACAAAAUAGUAUCAAAAGGAACAUUGAGACAGGUUGAUUCUUACUCUGGAUUUGGCAGCUUUCCAGAAAAGACUAAGCUGUGUGAUUUGAUCAAAAAGAAACUUGAUGAACGUGAUCUCUCUACUAUUAAAGUCUAUGUCUGUGGUUUAGCUUUUGACUAUUGUGUGGGUUCUACAGCGAUUGACUCUGCCAAAUUAGGCUUCGAUACUUAUUUAUUAGAAGAUCUUUCAAGAAGUGUCUCAAUAGAAAGUGAGCAAUUAAUGAGGCAAAGAUUAAAUGAGGCCAAUGUAAAAAUUGUUGAUAGUUAGAUGUCUUUAUGA